AUGACAAUUGAUGCCGAUGUGGAGUCGGAUGACAAUGCUGUCCUUCAGAUUAUAGAUUAUGAUAUCUCCAUGACUGCCUUGCCAUUUCUACCACAAACACCCUUCCAGCUGCCCACUCCUGGCCCUUGCAUGGAGUCCAAUCCAACCCAGCCCCUGAUAAUGCCUCAGAAGUGCAAGGCUGCCGACCUGGACUUGGAGGAUUCACAAGACCUGGGAAAGAAAUGGCUACAGGCUUCACCUCUGGGACCCUUCUCCCUCACAGGCACAGCCCUCCAGUCAGCCACAAACAUUCUGAAUGGAGAGAUUGAAACCCCGAAGUCAUCGCAUGCUGUGCAUCAGUGCCUCAAAGAUCUCGAAACCGAAGUCGUACGAAGGAUCUCCUCUAAGGAUUACACCACAUUCAAUUCAGAAAAAAAACAGAAGCAAUUCUCCCAUUGGUGGAAGGAGACAUGCGAUGCUGUGCCCGGGCUCAUGCUGCUUGGUGGUAAACACUGCCAUUGGUGUCGCAGGAUGAAAACUGGAAAAUUGAGGGUACCUCAUGCUAGGACUACAUGUUCAGAUGGGUUCCUCUCCAUCCAUAAGGAGGUGCCAUACCCGCUGCCUAGUGGACUUGUCAUAAAGGACUCUGGAUGCGGAACACCCGGUGACCUUGUGCCAGAGGAGUUUUCCACUGUUGCAACCUGA